AUGAUCGGAGGAUUGUUCAUUUACAAUCAUAAAGGAGAAGUUCUCCUUUCUCGCCUCUACAGACAGGACUUGAAUAGGGGCCACAUUGAUGCAUUCAGGGUUUCAGUGGUGCACUCCCGCUCAGCGGUGCGCUCCCCCAUCGUCAACAUCGCCAGGACUUCCUUCAUGUACAUCAAGUUCAACAACAUCUGGAUCGUGGCGGCGACGAGGACGAACGCAAAUGUGGCGAUGAUCUUUACGCUUCUCAAUAAAAUCCUUAUCGCAAUGAAAGGGAUCAUGAGCAAAGUGAACGAGGAACACGUCAAGAAUAAUUUCGUCGUACUCUACGAGCUGCUGGACGAAGUACUCGACUACGGCUACCCUCAACAGGCGGAGCUUGGCGCACUCAAGGGAGUCGUCAACACUCAUGCUGGGCUAAAGGCGGCGAUGGAAGACUUCGGCAUCACUUCGUUGCGUUCACGCUCGCCCAGCAAGGAACCGUCUCACGUGACUUCGGCAGUGACGGGCCAAGUGGGCUGGCGUCGCGAAGGCAUAAAAUACCGUCGAAACGAAAUCUUCCUCGACGUCCUGGAGAGCGUGAAUUUGCUGAUGAGCCAGGGCGGAAAGGUGCUUUCCUCGCACGUGGCGGGCCGAAUCGCGAUGAAGAGCUACUUGUCCGGCAUGCCAGAGUGCAAAUUCGGCAUGAACGACAAAAUAGUCGGCGACAGCAAACCCGACAAUACGACAAGCGACUUCCACAAAGACGACAAGAAAGUGGGCGCGAUCGCCAUCGACGACUGCACUUUCCAUCAAUGCGUUCGACUCUCGAAGUUGCACACCGAAAAGGCAGUUUCUUUCAUUCCUCCCGACGGCGAGUUCGACCUGAUGAAGUAUAGAACCACGAAGGACGUGUUUCUGCCGUUCAAAGUGAUCCCGAUGGUUCGCGAGAUCUCCCGCCAGAAGAUGGAAGUCCGAAUCGUCGUCAAGUCUCAAUUCGCGGCCGGCCUCUUUGGACAGAAAAUCGAGAUCAAAAUCCCCACGCCAAAGAACACAGCUUCUGUUCAGCUGCUCUGUAUGAAAGGAAAAGCCAAGUAUAAGGCGGCCGAAAACGCGAUCAUUUGGAAAAUGAAGCGAAUGGCGGGCAUGAAGGACAAUCAAAUGUCUGCCGAAAUCGAGCUUCUUCCGACUUCGGAGAAGAAGUGCUCCCGGCCGCCGAUUUCGAUGAACUUCGAGGUUCCCUUUUCUCCCUCCGGACUCAAGGUUCGCUAUCUCAAAGUCUUCGAAUCGAAGCUCAACUACUCGGACACCGACGUCGUCAAAUGGGUCCGCUACAUCGGCAAGAGCGGCCUUUACGAAACCAGAUGCUAA